UUGUCAGACUUCAGUUAGUUAACAUCUAAUAUCUGUCUUAAAGAGCACCAGAGCCACAAAAGUUGAUAAUAAGACGGAAGAAGAGAAGAAAAGACGAAGUGAGCGCGACAGAAUCCACCAGUUGAGGUCGUUUAAACAGUGCUGCUGUUUAACUAGGAGGAAAAAAAAAACCCCAAACCAUCGCUGAGUGCCGAAAUGAGUUAUUGGUUUGAAAGAAGACAAGAACGAGGCAAUGAGCUGGAUGCUGAAGGUUGCUGUUACAGAGACAUGCAGCAGCCGUUGGAGAGAAAAGAUGAUGUUCUCCUAGCGCAGCAACAGUGGAAUCAAGGUCUCAAACAAAAGUACGCAGAUACUCCAAACAUUAAAGAGGAACAGGAGGGACUCUGGGUAAAUCAGGAGGGAAAGCAGCUUCAUGGGCCGGAGGAGGCUGAUGUCACUAAGUUCCCUUUCACUGUUGUCUCUGUGAAGAGUGAAGAUGAAGAAAAAACAGUCAUCGCAGCUUCAUCAAAGUCAAAGAGAUGAGAGCAGAGAAGUGGAGCUUCUUUCCAGCAACUCGACUGAACACAGAACACUGAAAGUAGAAGCUCAUGGAGACGACUGUGGAGAAUCAGAACCAGCCAGAGACUUGGGGCGGUGCAGUCAUUUACAACAUACUGAUGACGUGCAGCAGUUGCAUCCAAUUAAAGAAGAAAUUCUUCCUGAACAGCAGGAGUGGAAUCUGAGUGUCGACCAGGCUGACGUUAAAGAGGAACAAGACAAGCUCUGGAUAACGCAGCAGAGACAGCAGCUUUACCAGUUGGAGGAGGCUAAUACCACAUUGGCUGUUGUCUCUGUGAAGAGUGAAAAUGAUGAAAAACCACAGUCAUCACAGGCUCAUCACAGCCAAAGUGAUGAGAGCACAGACGCUGUGCCUGUAGCCUGCAACUCAACUAUACUCAGAAUACUGACGGAAGAAGCUGUUGGAGAGGAUGAUGGACGACCACAACCAGCCAGCAACUCGGGUCCAUAUAGUUGUUUAAAACCAAAUAGCAAUGGUCGGAGUUCAAAAAGUUCUACGAUUGACACUGAUAAUAGUCAGGACUGGAAACAAACCAGAGACUUUAGUUCAGGUUUUAACUGUCUGAAAAACAGCAACGUCUCUGUUAGUUCAAGGAGUUCCAAAAUUGCUAAGAAACAGUUUAAUUGCUCUCGAUAUGGAAACGCAUGUGGUCACAUGCAGGAUUCAAAGCAAAUCAAGGGGAGGCAAGCAAGUGAGAAACCAUUUCCCUGUCCAAAUCAGGCAAAAAGACAAAAGGGCACUCUGGGCGGAGAAAUUCUCAUUCAUACAGGAAAAAAAAUAUUUGGAUGUUCUGAGUGUGGUAAAAGAUUUGGAGAGAAGAGCACUCUGAUCAGACACAUGAGAAUUCAUAUAGGAGAGAAACCAUUUGGCUGUUUUGAAUGUGGUCAACGAUUUAGAUGUAAGGACAGUCUGAACAAACACAUGAGAAUUCAUACAGGAGAGAAACCAUUUAGCUGUUCUCAGUGUGGUCAAAGAUUUAGACAGAAGGGCACGCUGAUCAGACACACAAGAAUUCACAUAGGAGACAAACCAUUUGGCUGUUUUGAGUGCGAUCAAAGAUUUAGACAUAAGAAUAGUCUGACAACACACAUGACAAUUCAUACAGGGCAGAAACAGUUUGACUGCCUAGAAUGUGGUAAAAGAUUUAGACAGAAGGGCACUCUCAUCAGACACAUGAUAAGUCAUACAGGACAAAAACAAUUUGGCUGCUCUGAAUGUGGCAAAAGAUUUGGACUCAAGUGCAAUCUGAUCAGACACAUGAGAAUUCAUACAAAGGAAUAAACAUAAGUCCCCCAUGACUAUGGCCUCAAGUUAGAAAAUCAUAAAAUACCAAAACCUUAAAAAUGACCUAUGAACAACUUGGUCAUUGAAAGAAAU